AUGUCAGGCGCCGAGGUCAUUGGCGUCAUCUCCGGCAUCAUCGCCAUUGUCGACGCGACCAUAAAGAUCUACAGCGCCGCCAACGAUGCCUCUGGCCUCCCAGAGGCCUUCCGCGAUGUAGCCUUACGACUCCCACUCGUCAGCAAAACCCUCCAGACUAUCUCAGAGAACAAUAUCACCCCCGACGAGGAGUGGCGCAAGGCGAUGAAGCCUGACGUCGUCCCACAAGCUGGAGCUUCGAGAAUGGAACGAUACGCACUUGCCGCUCGCACCUGGAGCAAAGGAGACACGGUGGAGUCGCUGAUGAAGGGGAUAUUGGAGGAUCUUCAACUUUUGACCAGCAACCGCGUAGCGGAACUGCCCACACAGACUAGUGUCGCGGCGGUGAUACAGCAGCGAUUUUGCCCUCGCAUUCUCCCAUCCACUACCCCUGAAAACGAACGAGACUCCCUCCUCAAGGAGCUCAAGUGGACCGAUCCCACUCUCGACAAGCUAAGGAUUGAAAGAACCAAAGGUGGCCUGUACGAAGCUUCGUCCAGCUGGAUUCUCUCCCACCCCAGUUACCAGAAGUGGCGGGACGGGGAAAGCAAGCUGCUCUGGAUCAAGGGCGGUGCCGGCAAGGGCAAGACGAUGCUGUUGGCCGCCAUCACCGGGCAACUUCGAUCCCAGACCAGACUUGACAACCCCGUUGCCACCUCGUCUGUGUCGUUCUUCUUCUGCCAGAAUACCGAUGACCGCUUAAACAACGCAGUCGCCGUCCUAAAAGGUCUUAUAUAUCUCUUGCUGCUCCAGGAAGUCAGUCUCGCUCCGUACCUCAAGUGUGAGUACGACCGGAUGGGUAGAGACAUCUUUGAUGUCACCAACAACAACGCCAACGCCUUCGACGCGCUGUCCAAGGUGUUCAGGCAGAUGAUCCAGCACUCACGGUCGGAUUUUGUGUACUUGGCUGUUGACGCUCUCGAUGAAUGUGAAGACGGUCUGCUGGACCUCCUUGGCCUGGUCAAGGAAACCGCCCUCCAAGAAAAUCGUCUUAAGUGGAUUCUAACGAGCCGCAACCGGGUCGACAUCGACGAAAACCUCGCACUUGAAAGUCCGGGAGCGAAGUUGAGCCUGGAGGUGAACUCGGAAGCCGUGUCUCAUGCGAUCGAGAAUUACACCAUUCACAAGGUAGCCCAAGUCCCAUCACUUCGAUCCAACCCUAUCCAGCAAGCCAUAAUUCGACAAAACCUGCUCGAGAAGGCUGAAGGCACCUUUUUAUGGGUCGAUCUAGUCUUGCGAUCUCUCCAUACUGUCUUGGCUGACGAUGCUGUCCGUCGUGUCGACGAGAUGCCGCCAGGCCUGCCAAUGCUUUACGAUCGGAUGAUGGGAGAUUUUGGCAAGUCUACGAGCGACUACCGAGACUCGUGUCUUGCUGUGCUUUCAGUCGCAACUUUGGCGUACCGCCCGCUCCACAUUCUCGAGCUCCGAACGAUAGCUGGGCUCAGCUAUGAAACCGCUGAUCUGGAGAAGAUUGUCGACAUGUGCGGUUCCUUUCUCACGGUGGUGGACAGCUACGUCUAUCCGAUUUACCAAUCGGCCAAAGACUACCUAGUCAGUGACGCCGCCAUCGAUAAUAUUUUCCCGUCUGGGAAAGACGCUGUUCAACGCAGCAUCGUCGACAUAUCAGUAGUGGCGAUGGAGAAGACAUUCCGGCGAGAUGUAUAUCAGCUGGUGCAUCCAGGAACACUCACCCGUGACGUGUAG